AUGUGCCCGUCAGAGAUGGGGACGCUGUGGCAGCAUUGGUCACCUGUGCUCUUCAGCCUGGCUGCUCUGUUUUCCAAAGUAUCAGAGAGCCGAGGGAUUUUAGAAAGCAUCCAGAGGUUCUCCCUGCUGCCUACCUACCUUCCUGUGAGCUACCACAUCAACAACGCCGAUAUCUCCUUCUUCCUUAAGGAAGCCAACCAGGACAUCAUGAGAAACUCAAGCUUGCAAUCCAGGGUGGAAUCCUUUCUGAUUUACAAAUCCAAGAUGGCGCCUGUGUUGAACGCCAGCUAUGGGCCUUUUUCUGUGGAACAACUUGUGCCCCAGGACCUGCUGAUACCUUCCAAUCCAUUUGGAUCCACCAACAAGUUUGCUCUCAAUUGGAAGCUAAAAGCCUACAUCAUGAGUGAUAAAAUCUACCUGAGUAGGCCCAGAGUUCAGAUCCUAUUCCAUAUAGUAGGCAGGGACUGGGAUGAUCAUAGCACCACUGAGAAGCUGCCUUGCCUCCGAGUAUUUGCCUUCAGGGAGACCAGGGAGGUGAGGGGCAGCUGCCGCCUGGCAGGGGACCUCGGACUCUGCGUGGCCCAGUUGGAGCUCUUAUCCAGCUGGUUCAGCCCCCCCACUGUGGUAGCAGGUCGCAAAAAGUCAAUGGACCAGUCAGAAGGAAGUCCUGUGGAGCUUUACUAUUCCAUCCAACCUGGAGAUGAGAAAGGAGAUUGCACCAAGGAAGAGACAAGGAAAAACAAUGGCAUCCGACCAGGUCACAAUGAUAUCGAUGAAGUGGGUCCCCCCUUGCAGAGGAUUGGGAGCGUUUUCCUCUACCAAAGUCACAGUGGGAGCCCUUCCUGGAGGGAACUUUACUUAGAUAGCAACGUCGCCAUCCACUACGUGGCAAAGACUGCCAAACGAGGAGACGUUCUGACUUUUCCUGUUUCUGUCUCUAAAAAUUCCACUGAGGAUCAUUUCACACUGAGGGCAAAGGUAAAGAAAGGUGUGAAUAUUAUUGGUGUUCGAGCCAGUAACCCUCAUUUAUGGGAUGUUAAAGAGAGUGUGGAUUACACAGGGAAAUAUGUGUGCCAGAGGAAGUCUGCUGCUUCUGAGAACAGUGCGGAUGGUCAAUCCAAUGAAGUCAUGCAGAUUGAUAUAGAAAUUGAAGAGCUGAGUGACCUACCAGCCACCCAGCUAGUCACGUGGCAGGUUGAAUACCCUGGAGAAACCACCUCGGACCUGGGGGUGUCUAAAAUCUAUGUGAGCCAGAAGGAUUUGAUUGGUGUCAUCCCACUAGCCAUGGAAGCAGAAAUCUUGAAUACAGCCAUUCUCACUGGGAAGACAGUGGCUGUGCCUGUAAAGGUGGUCUCUGUGGAGGAAGACGGCACUGUGACAGAUCUUUUGGAGUCUGUGGAGUGUAGAUCAUCAGAUGAAGAUGUGAUUAAGGUGUCUGAUAGAUGUGACUACGUCUUUGUCAAUGGAAAGGAAAUGAAGGGCAGAGUGAAAGUUGUGGUGAACUUUACCUACCAGCACCUAAGUAGCCCCCUGGAGAUGACUGUGUGGGUGCCUCGCCUCCCGCUCCAGAUUGAAGUCUCUGACACAGAACUCAACCAGAUCAAGGGCUGGCGGGUUCCCAUUGUCUCCAAUAAGAGGCCAGUUCGGGACAGCGAUGAUGAGGAAGAGGAUGAGAAGCGUGGCAAAGGCUGUGCUCUUCAGUACCAACAUGCCAUGGUGCGUGUCCUUACUCAGUUUGUGGCUGAGGCCUCUGACUCUGGAGGGCAGCUGGCCCACCUGCUGGGCUCUGACUGGCAAGUGGACAUCACAGAUUUGGUGAACAAUUUCAUGCAGGUGGACGAGCCAAGGAUUGCCAAGCUACAAGGAGGACAAGUUCUGAUUGGGCAGGAGCUUGGAAUGACUACCAUUCAGAUCCUGUCCCCGCUGUCUGAUGCCAUCUUGGCUGAGAAGACAGUGACUGUGUUGGAUGAGAAGGUGACAAUCACUGACCUCGGGGUCCAGCUGGUGACUGGGCUCUCCCUCUCCUUGCAGCUCAGCCCAGGAAGCAACCGAGCAAUCUUUGCCACCUCUGUAGCUCAGGAGCUACUACAGACACCCAAGCAGGAAGCUGCCAUAAGUUGCUGGAUCCAGUUCAGUGAUGGUUCAGUCAUGCCCUUGGAUAUUUAUGAUGUGAAGGACUUUUCUCUCAUGGUGACAUCGCUCGAUGAAAAGGUGGUCUCUAUCCACCAAGACCCCACAUUCAAAUGGCCUGUAAUUACUGCUGAAAUGGAGGAAGGGCAGGGUGCCCUGGUAAAAGUGGAAAUGGUGAUUAGUGAAUCAUGCCAGAAGUCUAAAAGGAAGAGUGUGUUAGCUGUUGGAACAGGAAAUAUUAAAGUUAAGUUUGGCCAGAAUGAUGCCAAUCCCAACACCAGUGACAGCAGACAUGGUGGGGGAAGGGGUCACUUGGAAACCCAUGCCAGUGACAGGAGGUCUAAAACAACCUGGCAAGAAAGAAUGAGGCCAGAUGGACAGUUUUUCGGCAAUUUCUCCUUGGACCGCAUGGAAGGUAGGGGAGCCACAACAGACAGAUCCAUCUACUGGAAGAAGGAUAAGCAAGAAAAUCUUUUAGAUGAUAACAGCCACCUACAGACCAUCCCCAUGGACUUCACCAGCUUCCCUGCCCAAGUCGAUCUCCCAAGGAACAAUGGGGAAUUGGAGGAGAAUGACUUAGUGCAGACACCCAGGGGCCUAAGCGACUUAGAGAUUGGGAUGUAUGCUCUGCUGGGUGUCUUCUGCCUUGCUAUUUUGGUCUUCUUAAUAAACUGUGUGACCUUUGCAUUGAAAUACAGGCAUAAGCAGGUACCUUUUGAGGAGCAAGAAGGCAUGAGUCAUUCGCAUGACUGGGUUGGGUUAAGUAACCGGACAGAACUGUUGGAGAAUCAACUGCAUUUUCCAUCCCCACAGGAAGAGCAGAUCACUGCUAUUGACCGAGGGGUGGAUUUCGAGGAGAGUAAAUACCUCCUCAAUACAAACUCCCAAAAGAGUCUUAAUGGCCAGGUUUUCAGGUCUUCAGAAUCUCCAUUCGCUGAUGGAAAAGACCAGAAAAGUGAGCCCACAGCUUCCCCUACCUCUAAGAGAAAAAGGGUGAAAUUUACUACCUUCACCACCAUUUCCCCAGAUGAGGGAUGCCCUACAGUUAACUCCAUCCUGAUGAGCAGUGUGGAUGACAUAAAAUGGGUUUGCCAAGACAUGGAUCUGGGAGAAUGUAAAGAAUUGACAAACUACAUGGAAAGGUUACAUGAAAAGGUGUAA